AUGAAGUACGGAUUUGCUCUCAGCUCUAUCGUGUUGGCUUGCGAUAACAUUGUUCGCGAGUGGGACCUGCCAGGCCCUUCUUCUGAACGGUUUCACGAGAUGAAGAUGGUUACCCAAUCCCUUCAAGAUGGUGGCAGCGACGGCGAGCAGGAAUUCGAACUCAAUAAUCGUUUGGAUUGGGCGAUUGAAUGUUUGUGCGGUGACGAGGUUUUCUUCAAACUAAAUGACAUGGCUUGGGAUAUGACAGAGAUAAUGUCUCAAAGGAUUAAUGCCAGGGAUUUUGCCAACAUGCGCUAUUUGAGAGGACAGGGAGCUCGUACCACCAGUGCAUCGUAG